GGAAGUUCUUGGCAAACCCCGGCCCAGCUGCGACUUUUCCGCGGGGCACAAAGCCACCGACCCCCGCACCUUCCCCUCACCGCGGAGAAGGAUGAAAACCCAAAAAAAGACCCCAAACACCCCCGGUGGAAGCUGUGCCGGAGCUCAGGUGCGUUAAGCGAGCUGCUGAGGGUUUUACUCCAUCUUCCCUGCGCAGGGCCCGCCCUCCCCUCACCAUUGGCUGCGCCGGGGUGCUCGCAGCCUUUUGUACGCGGGGAGAUGCAGCUGUCAGCCCUCCCGGCUGCCGAUCCCGGCUCGCUCCCGGACUAGGAAUGGGCAGCAGCAAGUCGCCUGUUGCCCUCCUGGUGGCCCUGUGGCUCUGCCAGCUGGGCGCGUGGGCAGCGGGGCGCCCCAAGGUGAACCCCAGGAUCAUCGCGGCUCCCCAAGGUGCCAAGGAAUAUGUGUUCCCAUGGAGGGAGAGGUUCCCAGUGUUCUUCCACCAGGAAAACACCUCCUCCAUCUACGUCGGGGGCGAGGGCAGGCUCUACUACUACGACUUUGCAACGCGUGAGAACUACACGGAAGAGUUCCCGGUGAGAAAUGAAGGCCAGUGCACGUCCUCUGGGAAUUUGGAGGACAGCCGGAAUUACCUGACCCUGGUGGAGCAGUACGGGGACGGGCUCCUGGUGUGCGGCACCGGCGCCUGCGCUCCCACCUGCUGGAAUGUGACGCAGAGGAAGGAGAGCCAGCCCUGGGAUGGGAGAGGGAUCGCUCCCUUCACCCCUGACUCCAACACCCUCGUCGUGGUCGAUGGCCAGGACAUCUACUCCACCAUCAAGAAGAGCCAGCAGAACGGGAAGAUCCCUCGGUUCCGCCGCGUGAGGGGCGGGGGAGAGCUCUACACCAGUGACACCGUGAUGCAGAACCCUCAGUUUGUCAAGGCCACCACGCUGAGGCAUGAGGAGCCUCACCAGGACAAGAUUUAUUACUUCUUCCGCGAGGACAACCCGGACAAGAGCCCCGAGGCGCCCCGCAACAUCUCGCGGGUGGCCCAGCUGUGUAAGGAGGACAGGGGAGGAACCAGCUCCCUCUCAGCCUCCAAGUGGACCACGUUCCUCAAGGCCACCCUGAUCUGCGUGGACCCCGUCACCAAGGGCAACUUCAACUGGCUGCAGGACGUCUUCUUCGUCCCUGCCAGUGACUGGCGGCACUCCAAGGUCUACGGGCUCUUCACCAACACCUGGGGGAGCUCUGCCGUCUGCGUUUACUCCUUCGGGGACAUCGACACCGUGUUCAGGACAUCGCGGCUCAAGGGCUACAACGGCCCCACCCCCGAGGUGAAACCCGGCCAGUGCGUUCCCUCGGGGCAGCACACGCCGAGCGAGACGUUCAAGAUCGCGGACAGCCACCCGGAGGUGGAGGAGCGGGUGGAGCCGCUGUCCCCGUCGCGCAGCCCCCUGUUCCACAACAAGCACCGCUACCAGAAAAUCGGCGUGCACGAGGUGGCCGCGGCCGACGGGCGCCGCUACAACGUCCUCUACCUGGCCACAGACAAGGGGUCCAUCCACAAGGUGGUGGAGCUGCCAGACGGGGUGCAGAACAUCGUGGAGAUCCAGGUGUUCCCCAACAAGGAUCCCAUCCAGUCCAUGAUCCUGGACCACGCCAGGGCCGUGCUCUACGUGGGCUCCAGCAGCCGCGUCCUGGAGCUGCCCAUGGACAUGUGCGGGGCCUACCGCAACAACUGCCACAGCUGCGUGCUGGCCAGGGACCCCUACUGUGGCUGGGCCAACGGCUCCUGCCUCUCGCUGGCCCUCAGCAGGGACGGGCUCCAGAACCUGAACUUAGACUCAUGGCAAGGAAGCUGCCAGAAGGGUGACGUCAAGGAAGACGACUUCCACAACGUCUCGGUGAUGCUGCAGUCCCGCUACUACCUCAACUGCUCCAUCGAGUCCCACUACGCCACCUACAACUGGUACCACGAGGACGUGCUCAUCAAGAGCUGCAACACCUCCCACCCCCAGCACGACUGCUUCCACUUCAUCCCCAGCGUGAGCCGCGAGCACUACGGCCGCUACGUCUGCGUGUCCGAGGAGGACGGCUUCCGCCAGGCGCUGGUCAAGGAGCACCUGAUGAACCACCAGCGCUUCCUCUGGCAGCGCGGCCAUGCCCCAGCCGUGCUGGCCUCGUGGCUCCAGCUGCUGCUCGUGGUGGCCCUGGCCGAGCUCUUCCACUGACGCCGUCCCGCUCGCCCUGCCCGUGGACUUUGAGCGCCCCUCGCCGCCGGCCCCGCUGGCGGAGCCGCGGGAGGAGGGCGCGACACGCGGUGGCGGCCCCGCCGGCCAGCCAUGCAUGCGCUGAUGCUCAGGGCGCGGCCGCUCCUUGCAUGUGAUGAAGAUGAGGAGGAGGAGGAGGAGGAGCCGGCCCUCGGCCUCCUCCGGACUGUGGGAUGCCCGCUGCCUCCCGAGGAUGGGGCUGGGACGCCCCCGGCGAGUCCCCUCCUGCUUGAGGGGGGCUCGGGUCGUUGUUUUUUUGUUUGGUGUGGGAGGGAGGUCGGGAAUCGGCGCACCACGCGUUGGGAAUUUGCAUGGAAAAGCCUCGGAAGGUGACUGGAGUUGGGGUGUGGGGACGGGGAGGGGAGGUGGGAGCAGAGCCCGGAGCGGAGCGGGAGGCGCUGGGAGGAUGCUGGAGACGCACAAAUGCUCUGCAGGCAGCUGAGCUGA